UAUAACCUGAUAUCUAAAUUUUACUAUUUAUGCAAAGAAGCCAUCAAAAGUAUUGAAACUUACGUAAGACUCAAUGCAUAUCAAAGUGGAAGAAUUCAAUGUACAACUAACAUUACAAAGUUAGUAUCACUAAUAAUAUGAAUGUGUUUAUUUUGGAGAGAUCCGGAAGAGAACGGUGUUGGAAUUUGUUUAUCAAAGGUGUGAUGGCAUUCUCUUUACGGCGAGAACCGACCAUCUUUGGUGUGAUUUUCGGCUAAAAACUCAUGUUGUUGCUUCUUAUUCAUUCAGCACUUAUAUAGGGAUAUGAGAACCUAGAAUUGAGAUUGGGUUACAAGAGAUUAACUACCGAAUCUCCUAUGAUUUGGUAAAUCCAAAAAAAUCAACUAUACGAUCUUGAGAUUGUAUCCUAAUAAAUCCAAACAAAUCAAAACAAACAGCAGCUACACGGACUUUUUGGCACGUGAAUGGAUGCGUGGGAGCGAGUUUUGGCACGUUUUGGAGCAACCGAGUAGAGAGUAAGGAAGAGUUACGGCUAGGACCAUAACUCUCCAGUUUAGGCCGUAACUUCAAGGCAGAGAAGUAGAGGUCUACUUCAAAGUUACGAGCCAAGAGUCAAGGUUAUGGUCUUGACAUAACUUCCCCUAAAAGACCGUAAUGCUUGGUUUAUGGAGUGCAGACACGUCAUCGUUUUUGGGGAAGUUACGGGUUGGGGAAGCAAGUUACGACCGUAACUUGGGCAAUAACUCGCGAAUCCUCAGCAUACAAAAGGCUGACUCGGGCAAAUUAGAGGGGAUCCAGUUUUGCAAGUUUUGAAAUAGCUAGAGAGAACCGUAGAGAGAGAAAAUGAUGAAGAACAGCCUUGGGAAAGGAUUGAAGCGAUCUAAGGACAUUGGAGCUCGAUCUUUCACCCUCGGAGAGCUGAUUUCUAGCCUGGAGCAUAUUCUCAUCCCUCACAUGAUGAUUUAUCUUCCAAGCUUUGAGAUUUCUCUUCUCUCAAUGGAGUAAACUUCCCUUUUCAUUUGGGUAUGAAGAACCCUUGUCAUGUAUGUUAGGAAUGGUUGUAUGAACCCAGUUUUGUGACUGAUUGACUUGAUAUAUUCAAUUGAGUCAUUAUUCAGAAUUGCAUGAGUCCUGAUCAAAUUUUUGUGAUUCCUGCUUUAACCUAGAAUGAUAGUCUCUGCAUAGGUUAAUAGAGAAUCUUAAUUGGAAGUAGUGGAUCGAUUACAUUAGUCGAGGAAUCGAUUCACUGCUCUGUACUAGAAUCAAAACCAGUAGUGAAAGUUAGGUGUGUUACUGCCUCGAUUAGCUUACACCGGUGGAGACUAAUAGCCCGCCGAAUAUUCAAACUGAGAGGGUUUGGAAUUCUAUAGUCGAGAUUUCAGCCUUGUCAAGAAUUUUACGCAGUAUAUCUGUCAAUUGAAACGAAUUGGGAAAUUAUAAUAUGAACUAACUGCAGACUAGGGGGAUCAUAUAUGGAUGACCUUUUAAAUACUUGAAACCAGAACAUUUUUUGAAUUCUGUCUACUUUGCUUUUAAUUUCUUCACUCAAGCUAAAUAAUAGAUUUGAGUGGAGUAGUCAGUAGACCUAGGAUCCGAGUUGAAAAAUAGAACCUGAACAACUAUACUGCAUUGCUAGACUGUGAUUGCACUUGAUCGUAGUUUGAUUGUGUUAGUUUUAGCGAGUCAGGAAUUACCCCAUGAAGUGAGGAAGAAGAACAACGAAAGGGGGAAGGAAAACCAUCAUAGGUUAUUGUAUAGAUUACACAUAAGGUCUAAUGGAGGAGGAAUUCGAAUGUAUGACAAAAUAAAGGAGCUCAGCAACUAACUGAAUGGGAGGAGGUAGACAUUCCCACCCACCAUAUACAAUACAAUUAAUGGGUGAUUAGAGAUGAUGGUAAUGAUUACCAUGACGAUGAUACAUUUGUUAAUGGGGAUGAUGAGUAAGCUGAAGGGUUGAUGAGGGAGAGAAUGAGCUUUACCUAGCUAGCUAGAGCUAGGCUAGCUUCACUCCCACAACCAAAAUAAUAAUAAUAAUAAUUCAUUCCAUUCCUCUCUUUUGUUCUUUUGUAAGAUAGGGAGUGUCCCCCUCACCAUUUAUUGCCCUCUUCUCUAUCUCUUGUCCUUGCUUGCUACUUGCCUCUUCUUCCUCUUCUUCUUCUUCUUCACCCUCCACUCCACUGCUGGUUUCAAGCCAAUCCCCCCCUUAUCUCUUUUUCUCUCUCAUUGCAUUCCCAGCUUCAUCUCCACCUCUCUCAAGCCCUAAUACUCGAUCCCUAGGUUGCUUCCUCUUUAUCAACCACAAAAAUUAGGGUUUUCUUAUCCGUGAUCUACUGUGUUUGAGUAGCUGAUCUGAAUUUAAAGGGUUGGCAACUUGGCUGGGGCAAUUAGGUUUGCACAAAGCAACACAGCGCUUGGGCUUUAUUCCAGAGAGGUACAGUAGUAAAUUAAGUAUGUUUUUGGUUGCUACCCAAAUCCCUAUUUUCUGCUGUAAUUUUUUUGUUUCAAAAGAAACCCCAUCCCUAUAGCUAGACCUAAUUCUAUCUAAUACACAUACGUACAUGUAACAAGAUAAAAAUCCCCUUACUUUGUUUUCUACCAUGUACAUAUAUAUAUGCUAGUAAUGAUGAACUCUACAUACACAUGCCUAUACUAUGUAUUUAGCUUCUUUUCCUUUCCUGGGAUGUGGAAGCACGUACACUUGCGGCUUUGAAAAGGCUGAGAGUGGUUAGAUCUUCUUUUUCUUUCUUUCUUUCUUUCUUCUUUUCCGUUGGUGGGUUAUUUGUUGAUUUAGGGUUUGGCUCUAUAUAUCUGUCUGUCCAUGUUUCAUUAGCUAGUGAGACUGUUAACAAAAACAGCAGGGAUAAAGAGAUCUAGAGGAAAGGAAAGAAAGACAUUAAAACUGUUGAGAUCUGUCUCUCUGGUGCUAGCUUAUGAACCUUCACCUCAUCACAAAGGGUUUUUUUUUUUCACCACGUCCCUGUUCUUCUCUGUUCUCUACUUUCCAAUAUUCUUCUUGCUUUGGUUCUGUUCAAAGGAGGUGAGGGAAGUUGUGAGAGAGAGAGAGAGAGAGAGAGAGAGAUGUGUGUGUGAUUUGAGGUGACAGAAAGACAAACUCUGUGAGAAGAGGUAAGGCAGACAGUAGAGAGUGCGUGUAAGUAAGGAGAGGAGAGGGCAGCGGCAGACUGUUGGUUGCUUGCUGCAGCAGAAUUCAAUGAAAGGACGGAUUGGGCCGGCAACCAACCUUGAAAACAAACCCCCAAAAUAAUAAUAAUUAAGUGGCUGUAAGAAAGAAAGAAAGAAAGAAGCAGUAGCAGUACUAGAGAUGAUAAGUGGAACCCUGAGGGAGGGCUGAAUCAAUAGUUGGAACUACAGUUCCAAACAACAAGGAAAAGUCACCAGAGAAAAGAGAGAGAAAACCAAACCCUGUGUCAGAGCUCAGAACAGAAGCCUUCAAUAAUUUGAACGUUUGCAGUAAAACAACUAUACAUGGAAAUUCAUUAUAUCCAUUGGGUUUCUAUCUGUGUGUGUGUGUGUGUGAGAGAGAGAGAGAGAGAGAGAGAGAGAGAGAGAGGGGAGGGAGAGUAGAGAUGAGAUGAGAUUCGAGGGGGUCUGAUCAUCGCAGAAUUUGUCAAAUCAUACAUCCAUCAUCUACAUCUUUAUAUAAAGUUUCUUCAUUCCUCCAUGAUUGUAGUUUCUUUCUUUCCCAUUGGUAGUGAAAUUUUUUUGUUUUAAAUCUGGUCACAAAAUUGAGAUUUCAAGAACAAAGGAGAUGGUUAAUUCCAAGAUCAAACUAGCUAGGGUUUGUCUUCAAUUUCCAUGAAUAAAUUUUAAGUGUGUUUAAUGAACUGAGUGAGUGAGUAAGUGAGUUCGACAUAUAAUUGAAAUAAUUUUGACUUGAUUGUUGUCCGAUAAAAGUUAUUCGAUUAGGCGAUUCAACCACACACCUCUAUUUAUAAGGUGGUUAUUAAGAGGAACUUUGGCUAUUCUCUUCACAUGGGUAUAAGGGUAAGUAUCAUUUUUUUAACCAGCCGCCUGAUCUAUUAAUUUAUAUAUCUAAGAUAAUGUUGAGAAGAUAAUUGGACUAAUGGUGUGUUUGCAUACUUACCUGAAUCAUCGUGGUUCAAUUGUAGAUGAUCGAAAAUACAUGUCUUUAUUCUUAGCUUGUAAGAGGAUUGAAGAAUUGCGUAAGAAAGGUUUGUCUUAAGAUGGUAGAUUAUGGAAAUCAUGGUUUUGUUCACCGGCUAGAUUUACUUUUAUAAUUAUAUUUUCAGGUUAAAAUUUCAAUUUGAGGUGUAUUUCUUAAAAUGUUAUUCAAAAAGUAAAAGAGAUAUAAAAAAAAUGACAGUAAGAACUUGUCAGCUCUAUAACACACUGUUAAAAAUAGAUGUACUGGAAGCAAACAUAACCAAAGAUGUAAUAACAUAACAAGGAGUAAAUACAAUUCAUUAGCCAAAUUUCAAGAUAUUAGUCCAAAUUUUUAAAAUAAAAAAUAUUAGACAAAUCCUUUGUAACGUAACACAUCAAAGUAUUAGUCAUAUUUUUCCUGUUAUCGUUAGUAAUUUUGUAACUCAUUUUCUCCGUUAAAAUGUUUCUCUUUCGAGUCAUUAUCAUAUUGUCGAGUCAAUAAUACUAACAAAACCGCGAUAACUAAAGAAACUUUAAAAGGUCGCACUUAACUUUGCACACGUUGUAUACUUUUUGUAGUUGAUAUUAUCCUUGCAAUGGCGGCUUCAUCAUCAUCGUCAACAACAACAACAAGCAACAGCAGCAGCAGCAGCUCGUACAACUCCCCGUGCGCGGCGUGCAAGUUCCUCCGGCGCAAGUGCAUGCCGGGGUGCAUCUUCGCGCCUUACUUCCCGCCGGAGGAGCCGCACAAGUUCGCCAACGUCCACAAGAUCUUCGGCGCCAGCAACGUCACCAAGCUCCUCAACGAGCUCCUCCCCCACCAGCGCGAGGACGCCGUCAACUCCCUCGCCUACGAGGCCGAGGCGCGUGUCCGGGACCCCGUCUACGGGUGCGUGGGUGCCAUCACGUUCCUCCAGCGCCAGGUCCACCGCCUCCAGAAGGACCUCGACGCCGCCAACGCCGACCUCAUCCGCUUCGCCGCCACCAAUAUCCCAGCUGCUGUCACCCAGCUAGGAAGGCCGUUCGAUCCCUUGGUCAUGAAUAAUAGGAGGAACGUCGGAGGAGGAGGAGGAGGGUAUUAUGGUAAUAACAACAUGGGGCUGCCGCCGUUCCCUUGCGGUGGUGGAGGGCUGCCGUGGAGCGAUGAGGAGGAGGAUCAGAUGAAUGGAAGACGAGGAGGAGGUGGUGGUGGAAAUAUGUGAAUGCGAAUAAUAUAUAUUGGCUGCUCUGCUCUGCUCUGCUCUUCCGUUCAUGUAUUCAUGAUGAUGAUGAAAUAUAAUAUGGGUAAGUAAGUAGGGUUUUCGCGUGCCAAGAUAGAAAAGUCUACGUCUAAUUUAUAUAUUCAUAAAGUGAUCUUCUAGCUGGAUAGCCUCACAUGAUGGACUAUACCCUUAGAAAUUUGCUGGAGAUCAAUAAAUAAUAUAUAUAUAUAUAUACAGACCCUUUGCAAUUAUAAUAAAUUCAGUGCUGCUAUCUGGCAGUAGGGAGGGAGGGGGUGACCUAAAUAAUAAGGGGUUGUUCUAUUCUAUGCUUGCUAUGUCUAUGUGUGUGUUAGGGUAUGUUAUAAGAUCUUGAAUAUUUUGGUCUGAAUAAUUCGAGUUAUUGGGACCAAUUGGUUGAUGACAAUAUUCACAAGAGCAUGAUGUUAUGGGAGUGGGACUAGCUAUUGGAUGGGUGGCAUUGGGAUUAUGUUGGAGCUGUGCUAAAUUCUCUCUUCUUUUGUUGCUCUAAGCUUUUUUUCUUUUGGUUUGAUUAAUAAAGGUGGUGAUUCUCUAUUUCGGCGGAGUCUACUGCUAGCUAACAGCUAGUCUGGUCUGUACAGUUUACACUUGAAUUUACAUAUAUAUUCUUGCCCUUCUGUAUGUAUGGUUUUUUUUUACUUUGCUUUUACCUUUGUAUGCAAACGUUAAUGUUGUUGAUGAUUAGGUGGAUCAUCAUCCCAUGUAUUACAUAUGUAUUGGGACGAUAUUUAUAGGGAGAGCCUCAUACCGUGUUGGAGGUAAAUAUUGUCCUAUGUAUUGAUAGGGUAAAAAACACUCUAUCCAUAUAAAAUUACUACAAAAUUAAACCAUACCACAUUCAUUUCAUGUAUCAUCUAAAGAUUCAGAUUAAUUUUUAAAAAAAAUUAAGAGGGGCGGAUUGGUAUUUUUGUACUCGCUGCCUCAUUUCUUUACGGACAGUCUGACACGGAUCAAGGGAAGAGAGAAGAUAUAUUUUCCUGAUCCUUUAUUUUUCUUAAUCGAAUUCUAUAAAAUUCGUUUUCACUUGGAAUUAAAAAAAAUUAUAGAAAAAACGCAUUACUUACAAUCUAUACAAUGAUAUACAUUUUGUUAUGUUUUGUCAAACAUAAGAUCUCGUAUUAACAUCAUGUCAGUGUGAUCAAAUUAUUGCAAUCAUAUGAUGUCAUCAAAUUAUUUUUACAAACACAAAACAACAUACCAAUAUCAUAUAUCACUAUUAUACCAACAUCAAAUCAAUAUUAUACCAUUAUGAUGUCAACAUUAUACUAUUAUCAUAUCAACAUCAUACCAAUGUUAGUGGUAAUAUUGUGAUAUGAUAAUGGUAAGACCUUGUAAAAAAUUGAGCCGCAAAAAAUAUCAAAAUGGAUAUUAUCUUGUAGACCAAAAAAACUUAUUUUUUAUACAAUUUUUUUAAAAUCCGAUGUAAAACAAAUGUACCAAAUAUUUGUAUGCUAACUACAAAAUUAUGGGUAAUGACUGAUAUCUCAGUGGUAGUAACUGGAGUAUACUAUACUCUAUUAGUACAUAGUGUGAUCCAAAACUAUGAGGUUUUGUAUACUAACUAUUCUAACUGUAUAAUUCUCUCAAAUACAUAUUUGCCAAGAAGGGCUCUUGUAUAAUUUGGAAGAAAAAGAGAGAUCUACCAAAUCUUCAUCUCCUUUUUUCCCCUGAUAUAUACAAUAUUAAUUAUUCAUUUUCCACUUUAUUGAGGCAUUGUACUAAUUUAUGUAUUAAACUAGUGUCCAUACCGAUGGACAUAUAUAAUAUUAUAAUUGUUGACUAUAAAGUUUAUCUGUUUUACUAAUAUUUUGAAAUUACGACUUCAAUUAUUAGUAUGUAGCGUUACUAGUUGUUUGUGCCAUCUAGCUCAGGACACGAACAAUGUUAUUGUAGGUGUGGGGUUGACUCAUGAUCCGUUCGUCUGAUCUCGUCGGGAGGGAAGAAACCUGUGAAAAGUGU